AUGAGCCAACACACGCAUCCUAACAAAUACCAGCACACCUCGCAUCCUAAAUAUGGUAAGUAUGCCCAAAUUUGGUAUGAAGAAUUUGAAUGCCACUUCCUCCGAUCCGAAGAGGCAGAGAAGAUUCUCAUUUCUUGACAAUUCGUAUCUUCAUACUACCCUGAAAAUACAAAGUUUCUUCUGGGAAGGGACAAUAACAUCCUAGGUAAGGCAGAUCAUUAAACUUUUCCUAUUCUUAACAUGAAAGAAAGUGUUGGUUUUGAUAUAAUGGUAAGGAAAUAUCAACGUACAAAUAAGAUGUACCGCAAUUUAGCGACUGUUCCUUUACAAGUUUUAGAAGACAUGCCCAUUUGAGAAAAUUCUGCUUUUAUCGAAGACAUGGGUCUCAAACCAAGUUCUAGAGUCAACAGUGUCAACUGAUUUCAUCGUUAACUCUCUUAACAAUAGUAGCUGAAGGCAGUAUAUCAUAAACAAGAAAGUGCUAAAUCGCUUAUCUCCGUCUUAUCAUGCUCGACCUGUGCUAAAAUACAUUCAUUUUACAUACAUUAUGUCAAUAAACGUUAUUUUCCUGAAAUUCAUGAGUAGCUAGAACAGCUAAUGCUAAGAAAAAAAAAUACUGUAAAUAAAGCUUUCCUUUAUUGUCUUUAACUCAAACUUUAAAUAGUUAUUACACUUGAAUGAGGUUGAGGUUGUUUAUUCACUGGUUUAUUUUAUGAGCAUCCUGUUGAGGAUAUGUUAGCAUUAUUCAAGCCUGCUUUUAGUGUUUCGAUACUAGGAGCUGUUUCAAACGACGUGCUAGCGCCACUGUUGGUCUGACUCGACUUCAGGACAACUCUAGCAUGACUGUCGCAUGACGUGUUUUCAAAUUUCAAAUUUAAACUCAGUCAAAAAAAAAAACUAAAAAAGAAAAAGUGGUUUAAUGCACUCUGAAAAUGUGUUCUAAUGUAUUUGUAAGUUAUGAAUUGAGUUCAGCACCACAGUAGCACAACAUUAUUUUGUUUAGCACAACAAAGCUUGCCAUGCUACACAGCAGUGGCACAAUUUGGUUUCAAAUAUUGUGCUUGUUCUGUGCUAAAUUCAAAUUCAAUUUGAUAUAUAAUUGAGUUCAGUAUGGCAGUAGUACUACAUUUGAAUCAGGUCUUAGGUUUGUUUGUUUUUUCAGUGAGGAAAUUGAAAUGGAACAGCGAGUUCUCUUUUGUUGUUUGCUGCUCAUUUUUGCCUUCCUUGGGUAUUGUAAUAGUCAAGGUGAGUUGGUCUGCUUGUCUUUUUAAAAUAUUUUUUAUACUUUAAGAAAACCUGUUACGGUCAUGAGUGCAGUGCUGUCAACUCUUCCGGAUAAUCCCGGAGACUCCAGAUUUUGGACUGUAUCUUCUGGUCUCCAGAUUAGAGUCUGAUAUCUCUGGGAUAAUUGCCAAAGUUGCUAUUGCUGUGGACUCGACUUUCCCACUGUAAAAUUUCAAAUAGUUUGCAUUGUUUGCGCUACUGUUAACAUGGAACGUUACCUCAUAAAUUCUGGUAUGCCACCGUAAUUUAAGCAAUUGGCUAAAUAUGAACUGUUUAUGUGCUAUAUACGUUGAUCGGAAUCAACAAACAUUUUUGGCAAAAAUGACGUCAUUUGUCAUGAGAUAUGACAUUAUCUAUCAUUCCUUCCUUAUCAAUUCUCAAUGUUUGAUGAUGUGGGGGGUUGACAGCCCUGUUAGUGGGGUAACAGGUUGUUUCGCCCAUAAGUUGAUUCACCCAAAUGUUUAUUUGUCAUUCUUUAAGCCUGAAAAAAGGAAUAAACAUGAAAAACAGUUACUGCACACGUGGAUCAACAACCUUUUCAAGUGGAAACUUCACACAAAACAUAUCAAAAGUCAACGUUACGAACAUUGAGAUGGCUAGGGUAUAUCAGUUUUAUGUCUUCUAGUAUUUGAAAUGUGAUUAUUGAGAUCACUCGGAUCAUUCAGAUGGUUUACCAUUCAGAUCACUGGACCUUUUUUAGCAAUCGCAGCAACAGAAUCCAAGCUUAACUGAAACACAUCUCUGAUAAGCCGUGUUGUAUAGUGUUGUGGAAUGUUGUUUCUCAGCGGGCUAAUCAACUUACUUCCGGGUAAAAUAAUCUUGGGCAAAUUGAGUUUUGGGCCAAACAAAUGCAAUUCAUUGGUGGUUAUUUGAGAAGAAAACAUCUUUAAAAUCUCUGUCAUGAAUGUGAGUAGAACAAAACAUGCUUGUGUCUGAACAUUUAUAAUGAAAAGUUAUUGUGAUGAGCUGAGUCCAAAUCUGAAAACUAACUCGCAUGUUUACAUUGUUUUCACCUUUAAACUUGGAUACCCAGGGACGUACACUCCCAUACAUGGUCUAGAUAGGUUUGUGCCACCUGAUAGGACAGAGGGAUUUUGGAGGGUCUCCAUCCUUAAAUAGGGUACCAUUUUUGGCCUUGUAUCCUGGUUUGAUCCUUAGAUAGGGUAACUCAGUGCCCUUUCAAGUGCCUGAAUGCCCAGCUACAAAAGAGACAAAUCAUCUGUUAAAACUGAACUGUGCUGUUGAGUAUUAGGAAAGCAAUUUAUUGGACACUUGUGUGUUUCUGUUAAAUUCUUAGUUUUUGUAUUUUCCUUAAAGUGGGUCUCACAGGAUAUCAGUUUUUGUUUGUCUCAUCCUUAGAUAGGGUCAGGGUUUAAGACCUUGAGUGGCAUACUCCUACCUGAAAUUUUUCGGAGUAACCCCUCCUGGGCUCGGUGCAACUUGAAAAAAGUAAUUGUUGAAAAAUGUAGUGCUUGCAUGUGUAGUAGAGCUUCUCCUGAUUUAAUUAAGUGACUUGAUCAAUUGACUGAUUGAUAUCCUUAAGCUGGGUUGAUCGAACUACCCCACAAGAUGGUUUAAAAACUACUAACCUGUUAAAGUAGAUCUAUUAUUCUAGCUAAUCUGCUCAACAAAAUAUGUAAUUGGUUAAGGACCCCCCCCCCCCCACAGAAUUGGUUAAUAUAAAUUAGUUUUCUGGAAAUAACUUGGAUAAGCGAUAACCAAUAAAUGUGGGUUAAGUUGUUUGGGUGGUCAGUUUGCGCUCUCCUCAUACCAUAUAGAAAGCUCCAGUAAAAGUGUUGAUUGAUUAAGAGGGAAAGUUCAACCAAUAAAACUCUUUGGUUUGUAUUUUUUAUUUUCCCAAUGAGUGUCUGAGGGGAAUUUGCUCCUUUGUCUUAUAAAUUAUAUGUACAUAUCCAAGGGUAUAAGACUAAAUUUGAAAGAAACAGUUCUCUAAACUAUUAUCAGGUGGCGUGUGGUGGGAAAACAAAACAUACAAGCUACUGGUGAUCUUCAGGGAUUACUUAGUCCCUGAAUAUUAAGAUUUUUUAUUACUAAUGCACAUAAGAGGUCUGACAAGACUGUAGUUAAUACACCAACUGUCCUUCUACAUUUACAGGAGUAGCUAGCUGUGGAAGUUUAACAAAGUGUAAUACGUGUAUAGGAACAGCAACAUGUUCAUGGUGUUCUGAUGAGGUAGCAGUAGUGAUUUGAAUUGUACUUUGUGAUAAAUUUAUUAAUUGUGUAUUUUUGAGGGGAUUUACCUUUUUCCUGCUGUACAGUAUCUGUUGAAAGCCGAAGGCUUUCUGCUUUAAUCCUGCUUCAAUCAUUCCGUUGGGGGCUGAAUGUUAAGAUCCAGAAGGAAAGAAAUCAAAUUUCAACUGCUAAGCAAAUCGCUCCUGACUACUUAAGCGAAAUACAGGUGACUCCCAAUAACUUGGACCUGGGCCAUCUCAAACCAAAGUCGAUUUUCCCUCGAUUUGGAACAUUCCAUUUUGUAUAUUUCCAUGUUCUCAACAGCUUCAUCUUGAUCAGCGUCAUUGCCUUUGUCGUCAGAACUGCUGUUAGAGUCUGAAUAAUCAUCCUCUUUAUCUUCUUCCUCAAUCUCUCGUUUUGAAAUACAUUUCCUCGACACUUUCUAAUUGAUCUGAAUCUUCCGUUGUGACAGUUACUGCACAUUGAGAAUGUUCCCUCAUGUUGUAUGCAAUGUUUACUGUGUUGUGUUUUAGCGUUACACGAUGUCACUCUGAAGUAACUAUGGUAACUAUGGUGACGUACAAUACCCCCUAAUAAGACACAUUUCUAAGACAAAACUUGAAGCAAUUCGAAGCACCUCGUGGUCAUAUAAAAGCGCAAGUUGAAGUUUUAGUCGUACUACAUGAGUGAUUUAUCUCUCUUUUUGUCGUGCCAACUGUAAGCCUUAUGCACGUAGUAUUGAAUUGUUCUACCGCCUGAGAUGUAGUAAUUAUGCGAACAUUUUACGCACAGCAGGAAUGUGGAAAUCUGCUUCAAUGCUGUUUUGGCUUGUUAUGUUACAGUUGACUCCCAAUAAUUCCAACCUUCAAGGGAAACAGAAAAAUGUUCGAGUUGUCAGGAGUUCGAGUUGUUGAGGGUAAAAUUAUAUAGAAAACGUUCUGAAGGGAAAUGAAAAUUGCUUCGAGUCAGCGGAAGGUUCAAGUUACCACGAGUCGACUGUAGUUCAGCACGAGUUGUAUCGCCUAUCAAGUUAUAUUUUUUAAGAGCCACAUUAUUGCUAUUGAUUUUUUUUCAAUAAUUUACAGUCCUGUUAUUUCAUUUUUCAUCUUUCAGUGUAAGGUGCGAGUGUUUGUGCUAGGAAGAACUUUUUACAUCAGGCGCCUUUUUCGCGACCAUUCUGUCAAUGUUCGAGUAACCUGUAAAAGUAAAGGCUUUGUUGCUUAACCUCUUCAGUUGCCUAACAACUCUUUUUUGCUACCGUGCCAUAUUGGAUGACUUAAACAUGCUACGAAGCGUGUCAUUUGACACGCUGCUGAAAAUAAAAGAUUGAGCGUGUUAAGGCGUGCAAAACAAAAGCUACAGUGACAUUCUUUGUUUCCUUAUUAAAUAUGCUCAUGCGCGUGUCAGAUGUCAUGCUUAGCAUGCCAUGUCAUUGCACGCGUGCCCAUGUUAUCACCAUUAUGCUGAGGGUCUUAACCCCUAGCUUUGCUUCUAUUCAAAGGCCAAGGCAGUGAGCACACAACUGUAGAAUUCCCUAUUAUUGCAGGGUGCAAAGAAAGUCAUUUUUACAGCUGGCCAUUCGGGCAAGCUGAAGCUAACAUUUACUAGCCCAAAUAUAAUUUCAACUAGUCCCAAAAACGUUUUGACGAGCAGAUUGAUUUCACAGUUCUUCUGUAAUUUGAAUUCCUCAAAAAAAUUCACUUGCCCAUUGGGCAAGUUAAUAACAAAAUUCACCAGCCCGAUAGCAAAAUCCACCAGCCCCGGGCUAUCGGACACUACUUUCUUUGCACGCUGUAUUGCAGAAGUUUAUAAUUGUGCAUAAUAAUGCAUCAAACCUUUUUAGACUUCAAGUGUAUAGUUAUGGUGGUGUCAAUAAUAAUAUUGAAACUUCUAAUUUACUAUUGUAAAUUUAAACUUAAAAAUGCAUUGCUUAGCGAUAGUGACAAUGGCAAGGUUAACCAGGGUUGUCAAUAAGGGCCAGUAGGUGGCCAAAAUCGCUGGCUAGUUAGCUAUCCUUCAUCUCCACCAUCAAAUAAAAUUGUAAAGCAUCUGUUUCCCAGUUUUGAAUGACGUUGAAUGCAUAUUCAAAGGUUUGGAUCUGUGAAAGGUGUAAACCACGCGAUGUCUUGGAACACCUGGGACAUUUUGACGACAUUGUUCCCAGUCUUGUGUGUAUUCUGACGAAACAACAUGGCAUCCAAGGUGGAAAAUGCCUCUUGAAAACCCCUGGAAAUGCCAUUUUUGUGACUCAAAAUUUCAAAAUGUCCCUAGUUUCCUCGACCCUCAAGAACUUGUGCCUUUGGUGCGAGUUCCAAAGCCGCCUGCUAUUCAUUAUCAGCCAAGCCAGUGCUACUUAAAAACUUUUUGACAGCCCUGGUUAACCUGUCUUUUCAUACUGGUUUAUCAAAGAAUGCUGUUCUAAAGUUUGUACAUCUUGCUAUUCUGCUUUUGGUUAAUGUUGAGUUUUCUUUCUGAUCAGAAUUUUUCAGGUGAUCGGUGUGACACAUUGAACCGCUUACAAGCUCUAAAGUGCCAAAAUCUUUCGAACCCUUCAAGCAAGGCCACACCCACACAGGUACUAACUUGUUGUUAAGCUUUAGCUCAUAGAGACUUAGAUUUGAGGAGGAGGAUGAGAUUUGACUUAAAAUUUUUGUUUGCAUAUUUUUCAAAAGGCACCACAGAAAGCUUCCUUUUUGUAUUUUUCUUCACUAGUGCAUUUUAUAUAAGCCAGAAUCCUUAAUUCCAAAAAUUAAUUUUUUGACAAGUUUUACCAAGUCAAAGGAAACUUCUAACUUUGUUAGACACUGCAAAAGCCUCACAGCUUUGAAUUAAAAAGGCUUAUGAAGGCAGAGAACAAAUGCAACUGUGGAGUACAGGAAAACCAACUGUUUAUAUGACAUCACAUGUGUGAAAAGUUUCUGAACAGUUGUAUCUGGGGAAACAUGUUUCCCCAUAUUUAGUGGUUUUGUAAAUAUUAAAUUUGCACUUAUAAUCCCUUGGACUUGAAAUUUGACCAGGAUAAUGACUGGAAAACAAAAAUGACAUAUGUACAUUGCAUUGUUAUUGGUGCUUUCACCCUGCUCUAUAAUAUGUGAGUUAACCCAUUCGCUCCUGGAGAUUUUGCCCAAAAACACGUUUUGAAGCUAGUUGAGUGGUUUUCUGGUCACUGUCGUGCUAUAAAGAGCUAAAACUUACCACAAACCGGUUUACAGGUUGUACACUUGGCGGCCUUCUGAUCCAGAUGCAAAAUAUCAGCUUGCGAAGUUCGGGCAUGCGCAGAAAGCAAAAUUUCAACAUAGUUUUUGGGUUUAAAAGCGACACAGCAGUCUUGACUUUUACUUUUCGCUUUCUCUCCUCCCUUCUUUUUUCGCUUUUCUUGCCUCAUUGUUUUUUUCUCUUGCUGGGCAUUUAGUAGGCUUCAUUUUGGUGGGAAGAGUUUUUAGGAAAGCUUUUAGGAUCUUAGGAUUCUAGGUGAAAGGAAAGGUAGGUGGGUAAUGGAACAAGAUUUUCAUGGAGAUUUUCAGGUCCUUGUCACGUGGUUUUUUGCUUCUUUCUCCGGUGUCCUUGACUGAAUUGUGCUCAUUCUGGUAUGGUUUGAAAGAUCUCUUCACUCUGCACAAGUUAGCGAAGAAAGUUGUCCUUGACCGUUAAAACUGAUGACGUCACAAAGGGUAGAAAGGACCUGGAUCCGCACGGGCGGUUACGGGCGGUUCAGGGGCGAAUGGGUUAAGCUCAGUGUGGUUCCCAUCAUGUGAGUAAAAACCUCAGUUCUUUUUGACAGGUGGAAAGCUAAGUGAUUGACCUUUAAAAAAUGAAAAUUUCUCUGAAAUUGUAAUUGCAGAAUGAUGAUCUUGGUGCUGGAGUCCAAGUGAAACCACAGAAAAUUAAACUGGAUCUUAGAGCAGGUACAGUUAAGCUAAAUUGUGUUUCUAGAUUGCUGCAAUAAUUGCUCUUUUGUUUAGUCAAGUACAUACUGCUUGGUAUAUAGGAAGAGAAGAUGCAAUUCAAUUCUGAAAAUCCACAAGACACAUCUUCCAAACCAUUCUUUAUUCUUGGAGAACAUGGUUAAUGACAGUUAUUACGGUGCAACGUGGAAUCUUGCAAAUUUGCUACGUGUCAUUCAGAAGUGAGAAUAACAGUGUUUCACACACUGUUUUUCUUGGCUGCAUAAUUUCUUCUACAGUUCACGGGAUGAAAGUGUAGUUUUUUUCCUAUUUCCUAUAUAUAUAUAUAUAUAUAUAUAUAUAUAUAUAUAUAUAUAUAUAUAUAUAUAUAUAUGUAUUCUGGGUAGAACGUAUUAUUAAUAUAUAUAUAUAUAUAUAUAUAUAUAUAUAUGUAUCUGUCUGGAUUUGAUAAAACGUACCUCCAGAAAUUUUUAGCAACAGUCUCAUUUGAGGCUUGUUCAUUACUUGACCAUUCUUGUUUUUUUUAAAUUUUUUUUUAAUGAUCCUUUCAGUUCAAAAAUCCCCUUAAAAGCUGCAGUAGAUCAAAAACAUGUGAUAAUAUGCUGUUUUCGGUGGUCGGUUGAUUUCUAGGUUUCUUUUUGGCCGCCUGCAGCAAAGUUUUCCAGAAGGCAUCAUUAAGCCUUAUGAAGGAACAAGUCUCACAAUUGGCAAAGUCUGCCGUCGUCCAAUACGUUACUGUAUUUCGUCUCAUUUUGGCUAGACGGGUGAAACACUGAUCUCGGGCUUGAGACAGAAAGGCAUCAUAUUGCGAGCUUUGAUGUGGGCGGUGACUAGUCUCUGGCCUCAAAAAGUAGCUUUUAGGAGUCAAAACUAUUCGGCGAGAGCAAAAUUGAUGCUGAUUUCUGACCAGGCCAGAGACUUAGUAAAAAUGUGUUUUGAAGGCCGGCGUCCAUGUGGCCCUUUCAAAACGGCUCGUCUACAUCAGGGAUCUUGAAUAAAUUGACUGUGUCAGCAAAGUUUACAUGUGAUGAUUUAUGUGGAGAAAGCGAGAGUUAUUGAGAGAGAGAGUAAUGUGAUGAUAUUUCACCUGUUUGAAGUGUGGAAACAUUGUGUCUGGUUGGUUGUGGAUAGUUUUAUCAGCGCCGUGAACGUGGUUAAUUGUGUGAUUUCCUGAAGUUGUUGACAGACAGAUUUCUGGUAUGUUGUAGCGCUCGUGUUAUAAGAAUAUUGUGUACAAGCAUGAAAACGCUUUGUUAGAGUGUUUAGUUGAAGUGAUCUUGUCUUAGACAACCGAUUGUGGGGUCAAGAAAGGAGGAUUCUAGGUCUGUUUUAGUCGGGCAUCUCGCUAUGAGCCUUAAAACCAAUCACGGCCUGGCACAAUUAGCUUCAAUCGGCAAUCUGAGCAACAAGAUUCAGAAAAUCGGGUAGUUAUUCUUGGCGAUUCUACUGUGAAGAGAUUACAAUGGUGGAAAAUUUCAAAAAAUAACACUAAAGUUCAGAUGAGGUGUUUCCCGGGUGCUACAGUGAGCGAUAUGGAAAGCUAUGCCAUCCCAACUGUUUUUAUUGACCCAAGUGAGAUCAUACUACAUGUUGGCACAAACGAUCUUCGCAACAGAUCUCCUUGGGAAGUCGCAGAGGAUAUUAUAAAUCUGUGCGAAGACAUAUCACAGAAUACCACAGCUAGUGUAACCAUUUCAGGCCUCACUCAUAGAACAGACUAGCCAAGCAUGGGGACAAAGUAACCGAAACGAACAGGAUUAUCAAGUCAUUUGUAAGUGGCCGUGACUUAAGUUUUAUCGACAACAGCGAAAUAGGAAGCAGCAUGCUGAACAGUAGUGGCCUAUGAGAGCCGAGUUCAGUCUAUUAUGAGCGCUUACUUCAAACUGACAUACCAAGAGAAUUAUGGGAAGUUAUGAAAAACUUUUUUGGGGGGAGGCGGGGGGGCAAUAGGUUUAUAGCCAGUGAGAAACUCAUCAACGUCUAUCUACUGUGGCCUAUCCGGUACUGAUUAAAUAAAAAAAGUAACUAUUGAAAAAAAAUUAAUAGUAAUAAUAAUAAUGAAAAAAUAUGCUCCACUACAAGACUCAGUCAGAGGGUAUAAUAAGAGAGAUUUCUGAAGACAUGUUUUUGCAAAUCCAGACAAAUAUAUAUUUUAAGGUACAUUGUACGUAAUAGAUCUAGGUCUACACAUUCAAAAUCAAAUUGAUGUUCAUUAAUUUUAUUCAGGGGAACCUGCAAAGUUUACCCUGACAGUGCGACCCGCAGAGGACUACCCUGUAGAUCUUUAUUAUCUCAUGGAUAUGUCACUUUCGAUGAGUGAUGACUUGAACAACUUAAAACUAUUAGCUGGGAAAAUUGGUAAGACAGUGUUCAAUUGCAGCGUGUAAGUUAAUAGGUGUUCUUUAUCUCACCUGAAUUGAAAUUGAAUCAUGGCAAUCUUAGUUGUUAGCCUGGUUAAUAAGUGACUCAAUAAAGCUUAAGUUAGCUUAUUGUGGUAUAAAAGAGCUGCCAAAAACAUUUAUUUAACAUCUCCGAGUAAGUAAAAUGUGAUACAGUCGAACCUCUCCACAACGACUACCUUGGUGACAGAAGAAGGUGGCCAUUAUAGGUAGGUAGGGAGGUAAUAUGGCAAUUUUUUUAGGGAGUACAACUUUUUUUGCUCAGUUCAUGCUUACUGUAUCUCAUAAUGGUAAUCCAAUCAUAUAUCAUAAUUAUAUAGAGAUGAAAAUUAUACACAAAAAACGUGAAUAAUGUUUAGAACCAAAAUGUUAAUGUGACAAAACAAGUAAGGUUCUCAAAAUUCACCAUAAGUAUCAUAGACAAUUAUUUAUGCUUACUGCAGCAUUUUAAAUGGAAUCAAAAUACGAUUGCUGCCAUUAAUCAUCAAUGUGCCAUACGGAUCAAAUUUCAUGACCAUUCUUGACUUUCAUCAGUUGCUGAAAAAUGUGGCCAUUGUGGAGAGGUUAUUUUGGCAGUUGGGAACUUGCUUUAGUGGCCAUCACUGUUGUAGAGAGGUGGCGGUUGGUGCAGGUUCGGCCGUAUUUGGGCAGUAUAGUUCGUAAUUUCUUUCAUGUCAUCAUCCUCUCUAACAGUUAUGCCACAAGUUUGGACAAUUCUUUGCUUCGAAAUAUUUAGUGCUCUAACUGCUUAGCCACACUGCAUCCAGUCCUUUUUGGCUGGGCUAUUAUGAAAAUGUACUUUUCUGAAUUCAUGAUAAUGGAGCUAGCUAGUUAGUCAUUCAAGUAAAAGAAUCAUUUUGUUAUUUCAGUCUUAUUCUUCUUACAAAAGGUUUUAUAAUAUUAAAAGUUUCCCUCGUUACAAGUUAAACCUCAAGAAUUUAAAUGGUUUGUUUUGAUGAUGACAGUUAAUUUGAUAUGUUAUAAGAAAAUUAAAUGUGAGUUUGUCUAUUCAGCUACUGCCAUGAAAAACAUCACCAAAGACUAUCAACUUGGAUUUGGUUCUUUUGUGGACAAGACAGUAUCUCCAUUCAUCAGAACUGAGUAUGUAUAAUGUGGUAGUUACAAGUAAUAUACAACUUUACAUAUUGACAUCAAUUUUCUCUUGAUAAUUUCAAUACAAGAGAAAAGGCUGUAAGAAUUAUCAAAAUUAUCACCUUAAACAGAUAAUUCUUUAAGGAAAUGUAUGGAGAUGAGGCGGGAGAAUUUGUAUGUAUCCAUACUGAACCCACGGUCUUUACACGUUAUGUUUUUCUUGCGCGCUGAGCUUGCAAAAGAGGCAAGAAAAGAAGUUCUCUCACACUGAAUGGAGUUAGGUAUCAGUUUUCACACUAAUGACGUGAUGCAGUUUUUUUUUCUUGCUGUACAGUGCAACAGCUUUUCCUGUUAUCCUGCCCUUUUCCAGUUCAAAAAAAUGUUGUAUUAGUUUUCUGGCAGUGUAUUAAGUUCAGGAAAGUUUUUCUCUUUCUGCCUUUGUCCACUGUAAAUUUGUCAUAACGGUUGUGUAUAAAGUGCUGUCCCUUGUCUUGUGGCAGAUGUGUAGAUGCAGGCAUUCAGUGUGUGAGAAGAUAAACUUUUACAGGACAUACCGUAUUUAUUCAGUUAACCGUCAAGGGCACUUAUUAAAUUUUUGGACCUUGAGAGUGGGCACUUAUUCAUGGUGGGUGCUUAUUCGAGGCUGGGCGCUUAUUAAACUUUCACCAUUUUCAGCAAGUGAAGUAUGUUUAUUUUGCAACAAAACAAUCAAUGCUAAUAACAAAAUGUGAAGAAGUAAAAAAACAAGGUUUCUGUAAAAUACCCUGAAGAAAAUUCCAUCCUCGGGGAAGAUUCUUAUUACAGGGUUGUCAUUAAGAGCCAGGGGCCGGGGAUUUUCCCCGGCUACUAAGAGAGGGGUCCCCAGCUACUUUUAUUGGAAAAUAGAAGAAAAAUAGAACCAAAAGAAAUCCCUAGCCAUUUGAUUCCCCGCCUACUUGUUGUAUUUACCCGGCAAUUUGAAAUCUUAGUGACAACCCUGUUAUCAGAAUUUAUUCACUCAAGUGGGUGGGGUGGGGGUGAGCGCUUAUUUGAGUUUGAUUGGGAGGAGGAGGGGUGGGCACUUAUUCGAGACUGGGCGCUUAUUCAAGGUGGGCACUAAUUCGAGGUUGGGCACUUAUUCGAAUAACUACGAUAAAACCUUUUAAAAUUUACAGUCCGGCGGCUUAGCUAGAAAUUUUAAGUGAAUGGUGCACUUUUAGAUACAAGCAAGAAAUUUGGCACACUUAUAGUAGUCACGAAUACAAGCAUUUUCAGAUAUAGUGACAAGCCUGAAUUACGUUGGUUUCCAUAGUAACCACAAUUUACUAAAAUUUAAUAAAAAAUCAAUCAGUCAUCCAACCUGUUUACCACGUACAUCUUGUUUAUAACACGCCAUUUAACCUUAACUAUGUGUUGCCAUGGCAAUGGUAAGCAAGGGAAAACUAAAACUACAACGACUGAUUAAAAUUAAUGUGCCUUCAGUUUGUUUGAUUAUUAUGUGUAAUACAACUAAUAAAAUAUUUGCACAUAGCUUUAUUACCUAAUAGAUUUAACAUUUUUGUUAUGGAAUAAACUUAAGGUGAUUCUCUAGGUUUGCCGCCUCCCUCACUGUGCAUAACAAGAUGGCCGCCUGUACAGAAACAUGAUUGAAAUGACAUUGAUUGAAAGGAAACGUUGUUGGAAUUUUCUGUAGCAGUCGAUUUAAAUUCCAUAAAAUCCAAUUUUUCAUUGCUUUCUUCCACCUUCCAUGUUCGUGCCGUUUUGAAACUCGCCCUAAUCCUCCCUUAAUCAAAGGGUGCCUAAGGCUAACUUGUGGAUUAUUACAUUACUGUAUUUUAGAAAUAAAAGCUGAUAAUGAACCUGCAAUUAGUCUACCAGUAUAUUUUAAAAUGGUCAAAAAAUGAAAAUGUUUUACCAAAAACGAAACAAAACAAAACAAAAGGACCAAAAAGAAAAGAAAGUUUCCAAGGGUGAGAGUGAAACCCCGAACCAUUGACGUGUAAAGUGAGCGUGUUAUCUAAUGUGCCACGACAGCUAACAUUGAGUAUUUUCAUUAAAAUAAUCAUGCUGAACACUUUUGCCCAUGAAAUUGUGCCGGUCAACGCUGUUCGAAGCCGGUAGAGUGUUAUUUAUGAACAACGGAGAGAUAUAUUCGAGGAAAAUAAUAGUUAGUAGUUACAUAGUUUUUACAGUUAAAGAUGUACUUUAACUAAUUUCAUUGCCUUUGAAGAACGUAGGGCCGACAAGUGUCUUGCAAUACCGUCGCAAAGUCUCUUGCAGCUAGCGAUUCUUGGGGUUUACGUGAGGAGAAUCACUUACUAUUCUGCAACAGUAAACUUUUCCAUUUUUAUUGAACAAAGAAACAUUUCAUUUCAGAAUGAUAUUCACUAAAACCAUGAGAUUGGAAGUCUUGUCAUGAGAAAAGUUAACACAUCGUGAGACUCAGGGCAGAAUUGUGAGCUUGGACCAGCUUCAUUUGGGAGUCAAAGAGCAAUUGCUGAUCUUUUCAGUGUCAUGUUUAUCGCCUAGAUGAGUAAAAAAGCUUCAAAAGUUCAUAAACUUCUGUCUCAAAGUUGGCCAUAGUUCUAAUUUGAAACAUUCAAAGUCCACAUGAAGACAAUCAUCCUGUAACUCCUGUGAAAUGUACAAAAUCAGCACAUCGCAGAACAGGAACGAUCUACGACAGUUGUCGUUUUGACAUCGGGCACUUCCGUGUGGAACCGACUGAUUUAUGAAAGGUGUCUACAUCUGACGGACAAAUUUGCGUAUUGCAGUGCCCACAGUAACUUGUUCCUUACGCUGCACGUAAUCCACAAGUUAAAAAUCGCUAGAAAUGCAGGUAGUACACACUAUGUGCAGCUCUACUGCAAAAACAAGCACAGUGACCUUUAUUUUUUGUCUCUCAGUUCUUUUCUCCACUUAGUUUGCCUGUUUUGGAACCAUGUCUUCACUUGCAUUUCUGUUAGGCUAAAUUCUGAGGUCAGUUCCACUCGCUUGUCUUCAUUGAUGUAUCCAUGCUUUGUGAACUGUUUCUCCAUGGUUUCCCCUUGGUGUUGUGAAAACAAUGGCCGCUUUUUCUUCUUGGCAGUUUUCUUUGCUUCCUACAGUGAAGAUAUGUGCAUUGUAGUAGAUUACCUGCGAAAGAGAGCAAGAAAUUGGAUAACCAGAGGAGGCGUUUGAUUCUAAAGUAAUGGACUAUCAGUAGCGAUUUUUUAGUUUCCUGUUAUACCAAAAGAGAAUCCCUAUUUAAUUUCUAUUUACUGCAAGAGAAAUUAAAGGAACAUAAUUUGCAACCUCGAGGUUUGUGACUUUAGUCAAACUAUUCUUAAUGUUUCUUAUCCACAGUCAGUAACUGCUCACUUCAAAACAAGUACCUUCCAUUUCACCAACGUUUAAUUAAGUUAGGGUGGUUGCCAGUAAAGCUCGCACUUUCAUAUUAAUUUAUUCGCUGUCUUUUUUUAAUGGCAAUUCUAUGACCGGCGGAGAAGGAAGCUGUAUCACAAACUGUUGGGGCAUCGAAGACAAGGAGAAAUGCCAAGUUAGAUGAACCAAAUAAGGCUUUUAAUUGGAGAGAGUGUGGGUAGAAUAUUUCCUGUCCAAUAGGACACUCAAAAUUCCUUAAAGUAUAAAUAAGCCUGUGUUAGGCUCCAAGAUAUUGGGGUAAACGGAGCGAAAAAAAGCAUUAAAUUUUGAAUCAUGGUUGACUAGUGAACAUUUUCUACUGCAUCAGCUACAUGGACUAUCACUUUAAUGUCUGCUUCUUCUCCUUGCAAACAGACGCCUUCUUGACCAUGCAUAUAUGUUUGAUUUCAGCUUCACUACGCAACAGACAGAGCACAUAAUGAACCAUUAGGUUUAUUUUGCGUGUUUUGGCCGAGCACCAGAGUACAAUAAGUAAUCUAAUUCAAAAAACCAUGGAAAUCUAACACUAUCUUCUAAGGCCCUCCAAUAGCAGCUAGGAAAAUAAUGAGAGCUGGGCAACCACUAACAAGACACAGUGGCUAGACGGGGGCCAGAAAAAACCUGCCGAAAAAAACCCCGUAGGGAAAAAAUAUGACAGGAAAUCUGGGUAGGAACCAGGCCCAAGCUCUGCAGCCCAUCCUACGAGGCGAUUAACAAAAAUAAAAAAUUAUAGCGAGUGGUGUCGG